AAAGUCACCUGUACAACACAGACUUUCUUAGCCCAUUUCUUUUUAAAACUUAAUUUGAUAUUUAUUUGAUCAAGUACUUGGUUGAGAAAGGGAACUCUACAUGAAGCAUUUUAAUUAUACAAAGCCAUAUUAUGAUGCAUCUUUUAUAUUCCUCUGUGAUCAGCAUCUUUUGCAGUAGGUCGCAUUGUAUUGACCCGCACUAAUGCAGCGCGCUCGUUCCAGUGAUGAUGUUGCGCGCGCUGCUGCGAUGCAUCAGAGUGGCUCUCCAGGGUCUCCAGCAUCGAUUCUCUCCACACACUCCAGUUAUUCUGUAUAGAGAAAAAGCAUAUAGCUCAGUGACCAACACAAUCGGCGUAGUAUUGACGAAAUCGUUUAGCUGUCCCGUUUGGUCGUUCAAUGACGGGAGUUAGUGGGACCGCGCGCAUCGAUUGUUUACCAGAAUUACACUCUGCUUUACGCUUCCACGUGUUUCUAAAGCCAAAUGGAUGAAGUUAAUAAUAUAUCUCCCGAUUGUGUCAUAUCACGCGCGUGUGCAUGAACAACUUUGGAGUGAAAGGCGGAACGAGUGAUUCAUUGAAGCUGGAGCGCGACUGUCAGAAGCGCAGAAGUGAUGAUGAUGAUGAUGAAGGCGCAGUUACAUGAAUGACCUGACCUGUGAUGUUCGCCUAUAUAAACACCAUCCAGCGAGAGAAACUCAACAAACCACUCCAGACGUGCUUCAGGACCACCAAACGUACUCAACAAGUCCACUAGACUCGCCCACUGGAUUACGCUGCUAUACUAUAAGGGACACACAGCGAAAUAAUCGCACGAUAAUCAUCAGUGCAUGCGCCGGAUUCGCGAUGCACGGUGACUUUCUCCAAAUGUAGGUGCGAUUCUGCUCGUUUGGCGAGAUGGAGUCGUUUGCGGUGUCGGUGAACGGUGUUUCCCACACUGAAGAUCCGUUCUCCGGACCUCUCACAUUCAUCGCGCCCUGGAACUAUAAAGUCCUGGCUGCGCUGAUGUUCGUAGUGACCGUGGUUUCCCUCUGCGAGAACUUCACAGUGAUGCUGGUCACAUUCCGGUACACACAGCUCAGACAGCCUCUCAAUUAUAUCAUCGUCAAUUUAUCUCUGGCUGACUUUCUUGUGUCGCUGACUGGAGGGACUAUAAGUUUUUUAACUAACUACCACGGGUAUUUCUUCUUGGGUAAAUGGGCUUGUGUUUUGGAGGGCUUUGCAGUCACCUUUUUUGGUAUCGUGGCUCUCUGGUCUCUGGCCGUCCUGGCGUUCGAGCGCUUCUUCGUGAUCUGUCGGCCCCUGGGGAACAUCCGUCUGCGAGGCAAACACGCGGCUCUGGGUCUGCUGUUUGUUUGGACCUUCUCCUUCAUCUGGACCAUCCCGCCAGUCCUGGGCUGGAGCAGCUACACCGUCAGCAAGAUCGGCACCACCUGUGAACCCAACUGGUAUUCGGGAAACUUCCACGACCACACCUUCAUCAUUACUUUCUUCACCACCUGCUUCAUUCUUCCAUUGGGAGUGAUCGUCGUCUGUUACUGCAAACUGAUCAGGAAGCUGAGAAAGGUGUCCAACUCUCACGGCAGGCUGGGUAAUGCCAGGAAACCGGAGCGUCAGGUGACCCGUAUGGUGGUUGUGAUGAUCGUGGCCUUCAUGGUGGCCUGGACUCCGUACGCUGCCUUCUCCAUUGUGGUUACGGCCCAUCCCAGCAUUCACCUGGAUCCUCGACUGGCAGCCGCUCCGGCGUUCUUCUCCAAAACAGCGGCCGUCUACAACCCCAUCAUCUAUGUGUUCAUGAACAAACAGUUCCGGAAGUGUCUGGUUCAGCUCUUGAGCUGCAGUGAUGUCACCAUCGUCGAGGGUAACAUCAAUCAGACCACCGAACGCGCUGGCAUGACUAAUGAGAGCAACACAGGGGAGAUGUCCGCCAUCGCCGCACGGAUCCCCGUGGCUGGAACCGUCCCACCUAAAACAGAGGAGCAUCCCAAUGAACGGAGCUCGUUCGUCAAAAUUCCCAUUCCUGAGAACAAAGUAUGUCCGAUGUGAUUGCAAACACACUCGAGACGUGUGCCGACUCUAUCCUCUGCCGCUCGUGUACUCUGGCUGAAUGAAUUUACUUUUUCUGAAUGUUGGCGUCUAAACUUUUAGUCUAAAUGGCCUUCACCCAGCAUUACAUUUUGCAGCUUGUGCAUGACAGAGAGACACUGAUGAAGGUACAGAAAAACACUGAAACAGUGUUGGGGAAGAAGCUAUAAAACUAUGAACUACCUUCUCAAAACAGUAGUUCACUACACUGCAAAAAAAAAAAAAAAAAGGAAAAAUUAUUUCCUUGUUUUAAGUGUAAAUUCACUUAAUUUUGAUACAUUUUUCAGAAAACAAGACUUUUAGAGUUUAUUUUUUAAAUAAGAAUGUUUAUUUGUACAGGAAUGAAAAUGAUUUUUUUGCAGUGCGCAACAAAAGCUACUAACAAAAAGUACCAGACUACUUUGAGGCAUAAAUUUUAAAAUAUUAUUUUCAUUUAUUUUUUGCUUAAUUUAGCAACAGUUGCACAGAUUAUAGAUUGAUUUGCAAUACAAUUAUUUUAUACAACUAAUACAGUAACACUUUAUCGAGGCCUUUAUGUAUAUUGCAUUCAUAGUGUGCGUUGUAAUGCAUUAUAUAUUUUCGUAAAUAAUUGUAAGUUAAAAUGCAUUAUAUUUGCAAUUUACUUCCAUCUGAAAUCUUUUGUUUGUCAUGUGUUUCAAUGCAUUAUAUUUUGUAAUGUGUAACAAUGAAUGGAUAAGUAUUAUAACUGUGGUUACAAUUAUUAAUAAGAUCAUACAAUUCAUUAUAAGGUGCAUUACAAGGACUAAUGAAUGCAUUAUAUGUAAAGGCUUCAAGAAAAGUGUUACCACUAAUACUGUCCUAAAACUGUCCAUACUGUGGCCAUAUCAUGGUACUACAAAAGAACUUUAAUAUAUGCCAUGGUACUAAUUUCUAAUCAUAUACCAUGAUAUGUACAUGGUAAGAAUGCAUCAGUAGAAUGGCAUUAACGCAAUACGUUUAAAUAAACCGUGUCUAAAAUACUGUUAAUUUUUAGUACUUUCUUGCUAGUGUAAUUUAUACAAGUGAUCUGAAACAGCUCAGAAAUUCACUAAAUAGUUUGAAUGUGUUAAGUGUUUUACUGCAUCUAUCACUGCAUGUUAGGGGUGUGACGAGAUCUCGUGGCACGAGAUCUCGCGAGACUAAACUGUGACGAGAUUUCUCGUCGAGGC